AUGGUUCAGUUAAAUAACAGUUAUGCACGAAAUUGUAAAUUUUCUGAUGAUAAUUCCACACAAAUCUGCGCAUGCGACUUUAGGAUUAACAUAUAUCGUUGCGAUAAAAAUGAAUUUUUUGUUAUUGCAAGUUGGAUUUCACUGAUACUUAAUCUGCUCGUCGUUUUGCUCUGCGCGAGGAAUUUAUAUUAUUUAGUCAUAGUUAAAAAUCAGCCUAUGCGCUUGCCAACCACGAGAGGAAGAGGAUUUCUUAGAUUUAGACCGCUGCAUAUACUUCAGUUAAAUGAUCUUGUUUAUAGUUUAGCGUAUGCAAUUAGUAUGGCAAGUUUACUUUGUGAAAUUUAUCCUAAUGUUCUUUGGGCUGAAAUCGUAAAUUUAAUGCCGUAUAUUGCAAUAUCAUCGAUGAGUAGUUUUCAUUCUUUGAGCCUUGAAACCGUAGAAGAAAAUCAUGAUCCCACAAAUAUUGAGUUAGAGAAGUGGUUAAAUGUAAAGAAGCAAUACCUUGAUGAGAAACAAAAUUCACAAUUAGUAAUUAAUUAUAAUGAAGUCUACAAAGACAAUUCAGAAUGCGGGCAACGAUCUUCUUUAGAAAUUGUUUCUUCAACUAGUAUUGCCUAA